UGUUGACAACAUCUCACACGUCACUUCUGCCGAAAACCCAGGGAGUCUGGAAAGAAAUUAUUUUGGGAUGAAUUAAAAAGCGUAUUUCCAGAGUUUGCAAUUCUUUCUCCAAGCGGCAAAAGUCCAGCCAGCUCUUUGGACUACGUGCUAGUACAUUUACCUCAAAGUGUACGCAAUAUUGGUGAAGAUCAGCUUCUAGGAAGCAUCCAUUCAAGCAAUGACCACAGAGAACGGCAACUACCAGCCUGAGGACGACCUAGACGACACCUUCGAGCAAGACCUCCGUGACAUGCUGAGAGACGGCCCGUCCUUAUCAGACGCAGCAGCAACCAUACAGAGCGGCACCUCGGCCAAGGGCGGCAGUGGCGGUCAGUUUACAGGCGUUGACCUGUCUAGUCCCCAGAAGUCACCCAUGUCAUCACCACCUCAACCCAGAGUCAUCCAAAACCCAUCCGUAGGCAGCCGCCUCGCUCACCCAGCAGGAGGAGCGGAUGAGAACGAUCAAGCUCUAGCUACUGACCAAUCUGUACGGCCCACAUUUCCCCCUACAGGUCAACCAAUGGCGCAGCCAGUGGCCACGAUGCCCACAGCGCAGACUACAUCCAUCGGUAAACCAAUGACCGGGAUUGGAGGCACUCCGAUGGCCCCGGUAGUCGGCCAGACCGGUGAACAGGUGUCCACGUCAGUCAUUGCUAAGGCUAAGUUGGACAGUCUGAAGAGCUGGAGUAUCUCCACCUACAAGUGUACCCGUCAAUUGGUUCAAGAGAAACUCGGCAAGGCCUCUCGGACUGUGGACUUGCAGCUGGAGGCUCAGAUUGAGGUAUUGAGGGACACGCAGCGGAAGUAUGGAAACAUCAUGAAGCUUGCACGGACAUUGACAAAUCACUUCUAUCAGGUGGUUCAGACACAGCGCUCUCUAGGCGAUGCCUUCGGAGAGCUGGCCCAGAAAUCAACGGAGCUGUCGGAGGAGUUCAGCUACAACGCUGAGACGCAGAAAUCGUUGUGCGGGAACGGCGAGACGCUCCUGGGUGCUCUGACCUUCUUCACAUCCAGCGUGAGCACGCUGUGCAAUAAGACGAUGGAGGACACUUUGCUUACUGUCAAACAGUAUGAAUCAGCGAGAGUGGAGUAUGACGCUUACCGGGCGGACCUGGAAAGUCUACAAUUGGCACCCAAGGAUGCCACUACUCAAGCCAGAUUACAUGACGCCCGUAUCAAGUACGAAACGCAGAAGGAGAGAUUCGACAAGCUGAGGCAAGACGUCGCGGUCAAACUCAGAUUCCUGGAAGAGAAUAAGGUGAAGGUCAUGCACAAGCAGUUACUACUCUUCCACAAUGCCAUCUCCGCUUACUUCUCUGGGAACCAGCAGGCCCUCGACGCCACCCUCAAACAGUUCAACAUUCGACCAAAGUCUGGUAACGAGCUUACACCCUCCUUCUUGGAGCAGUGAGGGGGGGAGUCCAACGGACAGAAAGGCAAGGACAAACAAACUCUUAAAGGACAAUCAGUGCUACCCCUCCCCCAAUUUAAUUUUGUUUGUUUUACUGUACAAAAAUAUCUAAGCUAGUUUGGAGGGGUACAAAUACACUAGCGGACAAUUUCUCAGAUAUAAAAAAAAGAAAACUAUUAUUUUUACUACAGAAAACUAUUUAGUUUAUCUGCUAGGCAAAAUGUUAGCAGGGAGCGAAUGUACAGUAUAAGCAAUGUUCUAGAAGCGGGAACUAGACACUAGUAAUACAUACAUUCAUGCUAGUUUAGGGGGGUUGGUUACCUCUUCUGCUAAGCAUAGUUUUUGUGCUUAGCGGGUCUUAGAUUUUGAUUCUUCCGUUCGCUGAAAAAAAAAUGAUGAUUUGUGGUUGAACAAUGUGGGAGUCGAACCAACGACCUCCGGAUUACAAUUUUGCUUUGAUUUUUCAUUUUUGUUUUUGAAGCUCAAACCAUUUUUCCUGUAUAGAAACUUCCUGAUUGUCCUUUUGCUGAGGUGGAUUUGUCUACAGAAAUAACUAAUAAAAAUCUGGUAAAUAGAUAUGCUUUUAUGUACUAUUAUUAAUCUUUAAAUGAUCAAUCAGUGAUUGCUAUAAGCAGACGUAUUGAUCAACAGUAUUUAUCUGAGGUCAUCGGAUUAAAAUUAGUCACAGUAAUUUUAUAUUCGAUAAGACAGCUAAAGACAAGAGACUGCUUCAACUGUUCAAUUACACAACAAACCGUCAGGAUAGUAUGGUGUAUUUUAUUUGAGUUGUCAGAAAAUGGUACUUGCAGUACCACCGUUUUAAAUUCUCGUAUUAAUUUUAAAGGGAAUGUUCCCUUCUCUUAGUGUAAUCGUUCUGGGAAAAAAAGCAGUCGACUUCACUCUACUUACCGGUGAAGUCAAAUUACUUAUUUGCUAGUCCCUAUGCCGCGAGGCUAUAAUGCGUGAUCAUAAAGCGUUUUUGUCUAGGCCUUUAUCAGGGUAUUGUGCGAGAUGUUUUGGUACACUCAAGUUUUUUCUUCUGCUAUUCAAAUGAUUGGCUGCAUAACUUACUACUUUCAGCAGCCGCCUCAAUCAUAUCCCAGUGAUCAAUUUUUUCUACCUUAACGUCCCUUCCUAUCUGCUUCAAUAUCUCUGCCCAAACAUCUGUACCUCGCUGCCGCAAUAUCUCUGCCCCAAGAUCCCUGCCUUACUGCCUCUAUACAUGUACAUGUAUCUCUGCCCCAAGAUACCUGCCUCUCUGCCGCCACAUCCCUGCCACGCUGCCCCAACAUCCCUGCCUUGCUGUAGCUAAGCACAACAAAAUUGUGGUUAUCGACUUAAGGUUACCAGUCAAAAUACCAUGCUACAUGUACAACUUGUGACUGAUAUCCUGCUUGUGACUAAAGGAAAAUCACUCUCUUUUGGCCAUUUUGCAUUUAGUAUGAGCUGAGGUGUUUGCCAACUUUUUAAUAUUCACCAAAGUGUGAAUGCUCAAAGGGUUUUAUCCGAAGUGUGGAGACAAGCCCUGACUGUUCGGAAGCGUCUUCAACGUACCCUUGAAAUCCCUGUGGCUGCCUUGCAAAUUUUUACGGUUGUGUAAAAAGUUUCACAUUUCUGCGAUACUUUGGAUUUCCGUAACGAGAAUUCAAAUUGUGGAAGUGUACGCGGAAUCCUUUACUUUGAGCACAUGGCGGAGGCCCAAAGUUUUGACGCUGCGUCAAAACAAUUUUUAACAAUGCUUUCAUCUUGCUGCCAGAGGAAAUUCUGGUGCUCACUCAACAAAGAUUUAAUAAAAUGCUAAAAUUAAUUUGAAUGUACAAACAUUAGGGAAAAAUGUUAAGGAAUAAAGACUUCAAUAGUGAUAAUUACAA